CUAGUAGAACAGGCUACUAAAUGCUUCGUGAAGUCAUCCUGCUGUUAAAGCGGCAGAACGUUACAAAAGCAAAAACGAUAAGGCUAAUUUUCACGUUGCUACGUGUCUGAUUAAAGCGAGGUGCGAACGCAUCCCUCCUCAUGCGUGCAACAUCUAAUUACUGCUGCUCGGCUCUGGUCGCUGGUACCUUGAAUGGCUCAGUGUCGCGCGUUGACUAAGAUGCUGUGGAUGGGGGGUGAGGCUGGCAUCUUAUUGCUUAAUUCAGCAGAUUGCGACAAGCCUACACCUAAAAGACUCUGAUUUGGUAAAGAGCCGUGAAAAAUAAGUUAUUUUCGAAGAGACCACGCCCGCGAUCUCAAGCGCCUAAAGAGACAAGCCGCUCAUCACUGUGCAAAAGGAGACGGUUCCCCUUUAGGAAGAAGGUGGACUGCUCCGUACAGAAGGCUACCACAGCUCAGCGCAGUUUAGAAGGUAGCCACAGUGCGAGUCCUCAAGUUUGGGAUUGUGCGACGGAGACAUCGCAACGCAUCUUUUCCGUUUUUUUUAAUUCAUUGGAAACUGUGUAUAAUUUAUCGCCAUCUGUUAUGCAAAUGGAUUUAAUUCUGCUUACCGCGCAACUCCUGCUUUUUGCAGAACCUGUUUUAGGGCUUGGAGUGGAUCCUGAUUUACAAAUCGAUAUCAUCACUGAACUGGAUUUAAUGAAUUCCACAUAUGGAAUUACCCAGGUGGCAGGAUUGCACAACAACAGCAAAGCCUUUUUAUUCCAAGAUACAGAUCGAGAAAUCCAUGCAUCACCACAUGUGGCAGAGAAGGUGAUUCAGCUCUUUAAGAAUAAAAGUGAGUUCACUUUCCUGGCAGCAGUCCAACAGAAGUCAUCAACAUCUGGAGUCAUAUUUUCGAUCCAUGAGUCAGAACACAAUUUUUUUGAACUGGAAAGCAGUGGAUUACAGGAUGAAAUUAGGUAUCAUUACAGUUUUAAUGGAAAACCCAGAAGUGAAAGUUUCCCUUAUCGUCUGGCUGAUGGACAAUGGCACAAAAUUGCUCUUUCAAUCAGUGCCUCACACUUGCUUCUUCAUGUGGACUGCAAUAGGAUUUAUGAGCGUGUCAUAGACCCUCCACAAACUGAUAUUAUGCCCGGGAGUAUGCUUUGGCUUGGCCAGCACAGCAGAAAACAUGGGCUUUUUAAGGGAAUUAUUCAGGAUGCAAAAAUUGUUUUUGCUCCAAAUGGCUAUAUUACUCAUUGCCCAAAUCUCAACCGCACCUGCCCAACAUGCAGUGAUUUUCUGAGUCUUGUGCAAGGUAUUAUGGAUCUGCAAGAGCUACUUGCGAAAAUGACCAUAAAAUUAAAUUAUGCAGAAACAAGACUGAGCCAGUUGGAGAGUUGUCACUGUGAGAAAACGUGCACAGUCAAUGGGAUAGUAUACAGAGACAAAGAAUCAUGGGUAGAGCCUCAAAACUGCAGGAACUGUGCUUGCAAGAAUGGUGUGGUGGAGUGCCGGAGAAUUUUCUGCCCUGCAGCCAACUGCUCUGGAGAUACAUUGCCUGUUCUGGUUGAAGGGAAAUGCUGUAAACAAUGCAGACCUAAAUGCACCUAUGUGGGGAAAAUGCUGGCAGAAGGGCAAAGAAUUUUUACUAAGAGCUGCAGAGAAUGUAAGAACGGAAUUAUGGUUAAAGUGACUGAAACAUGCCCAGUCUUAAACUGUACCGAAAAGGAUUGGAUUCUUCCAGAAAACAGAUGCUGUAAAGUUUGUAAAGGUUAUGACUUCUGUGCUGAUGGACACAGUUGUGGAGAUAACUCUGACUGCAAAAACUGGAAUACCAAGGCUGUGUGUGAGUGCAAGAGCGGCUUCACUGCCCUUCAUGGGGAUACUUCAUACUGUGAAGAUAUUGACGAGUGUGCAGGCGAGAUGCACUAUUGUCAUGCCAACACAGUAUGUGUUAAUUUGCCUGCAUCUUACCGAUGUGACUGUAUCUCUGGAUAUAUAAGAGUUGACGAUUUCUCCUGCACAGAACAUGAUGAAUGUGGAAGCGGACAGCACAGUUGUGAUGAAAAUGCUGUGUGCACCAAUACAAUAAGAGGGCAUUCCUGCACUUGUAAACCAGGAUAUGUGGGCAAUGGAACUCUCUGCCAGGCUUUCUGUGAAGAUGGAUGUAGAAGUGGAGGAACGUGUAUUUCUCCCAAUAUGUGCCUCUGUCCUUCUGGGUUUACUGGAAGAUAUUGUGAAAAAGAUAUUGAUGAGUGUGCUGAGGACAUCAUUCAAUGCCACAACCAUUCACGCUGUGUUAACCUCCCAGGCUGGUACCACUGUGAGUGCCGAAGUGGUUUCCAUGACAACGGGACCUAUUCACUUGAUGGGGGAUCCUGUGUUGAUAUUGAUGAAUGUAGCACAAGAACACACAGCUGCUGGAAUGACUCUGCUUGUGUGAACUUGGAGGGGAGCUUUGACUGCCUGUGCCCCUCUGGGCCUUCCUGCACAGGGGACUGUCCUCAUGAAGGAGGCCUGAAGCGCAAUGGACAGGUCUGGACACUGAAAGAAGAUAGAUGUUCAGUGUGUUCAUGCAAGGAUGGAAAAAUCUUCUGUCGGAGGACGGCAUGUGAUUGUCAAAACCCGAAUGUUGAUCUCUACUGUUGUCCGGAAUGCAAAUCCACAACAUCAAGCCAAUGCUUACACCAAAAUGGCCACAAGCUUUAUCACAGUGGAGACAACUGGACAUACAGCUGUCAGCAAUGCCGAUGCUUGGAGGGUGAGGUAGACUGCUGGCCUCUGACAUGUCCAGUUCUUAACUGUGAAUAUUCUGCAAUCUUGGAAGGAGAAUGCUGCCCUCAAUGUGUCAGUGACCCAUGCCUCGCAGAUAAUAUUGCAUAUGAUAUCAGGAAAACCUGUCUGGACAGCAAUGGUGUCACAAGGCUCAGUGGCUCAGUAUGGAACAUGGCUGGAUCACCUUGUACGAUGUGCAAAUGCAAGAAUGGAAGUAUCUGCUGUUCAGUGGAUUUAGAAUGUCUACAAAAUAACUAAACCUGAAACCUGGGACUAUCUUAGACUUAAUGAUUGAUCAUUUGGUGUAAAGAUCAAAAAUGUCAUGUUUUAUACACCUAAAUUGCCAAAGUCUCCACAUAAAGAAGAUGUCUGGAAAUUCAACUUCAUAGAAUCAGUGGAAGUAUCUCGGCCUGUCGUCCUUGCAAGAAUCACCUUGGCUAGGACAUGUGAUAUACUGUAUACAGUAUGCGUGUGUGAGUGUGAUUCCAUUCUAUCUCAUGUCACAUGUUAAAAUGUGUUGCAGGUUUGUUUAUGUUCAUUAUUUCACAAAGCAAGGAGGAGAGCUGAUACCACUGUGGUGAUUGAGUGAUAACAAACAAAUGAACCCAUUCAGUAAUUCUUCAAUUCCUAUGUAUUAUUUAAAAUGUGGCCCCAAAAGUAGCACCAGUUCAAAAACUACUUGUGUCUUUGCCAGUUGACCACUUUAAAGCCUGUAUGUUCACAUUUGUUAUUAUCAGGCGUAUAUAUUUGCAGAUCAAUACACACCGCUGGUCAACAGCAGCAAGCAUCUUUUACUGUAUGACAAUGAGAAACUACCAUUAAGAAGACUUGUCAUGCACAAUAUGAGAGCUUUUAUAGCAGCUGUGGUAGUACUGAAACACUACAUAUACUGAACAUUUUUAAAAUGUGAUUGACUAAGCAUUUUGCAGGACAUGUGUAUGUUUUUGGUUUGGCUUUCUUAAGGGUAAGUAGUCUGUUUGAAGUAAACCUGUUGAAAGCUUCAAAACCACUUACAUAAAUUAUAUUUAACACAUUUUUUAUAAUUGCAAAAAAGAAAAAAAAACGCUUGCAUUGAUGGUGGUGUAAUUUGCAUAUAAUGAAACUAUUUUCAUUCAAAGGAAUAAAGGUGGCAAUAAAUUUAUGUUUUUGUAGCAAGAGCUUUGGCAUCCCUCCAUUUAUCUUGACAUGGGUACAAACUAGGAUAGACGCACCUCCUUCCUUCAUCUCCCAACUUCAUAUCACUUUUAUUUUCUUGCUAAACUGUUUCUGAAAUAGUUAGGCUCACACCUUGUCUGGGUGUGUGGAACUCCAUUUGCAGAUUUCACAAUGUCUUUCAAAGUGGUGCAGUUUGUUAGUCAAAAGUGUUCUCUUGGAACUGCAAGCAUUGCAUUUUGAAAGGGCUUACAGGCUCUUGUAGUUUCUGAGGGACCCUAGAAAAGGAGAAUAAGGAAAGAGUUUUGCUUACAAAAAUACAAUUACAGAAACUUUUUCCUACCUUAUUCUUUCUGAACAAAACUGAUCUAGCUCUUAAUUGCAAUUAUUUUAUUUUACCUAAUCAUUUUCCUUUAGACUUCUUCUUUUAUGCGCACCAUUAGGCACUGCCAAAUUUGACUUUGCAAGAUUUGGAUUAAGUGCUGUUUUUUAAUAUUCUGUCAUGUAUUUAUUUGCUUGUGUAUUUAUUCAUUUUAGAGUUAUCACUACAGACCUCAGAGCUGCUGGAUGCUGUGUAAAAAUAAAAUUUCUCACUGUCUUCAGAUUAUUAUUUGUAGUUUUUUAGCACAUGGUUAGGAUAGCUUUCUAUUUUUCCAGAUCUGUUGUAGAAUAAAGAAUGUAGCUACAUGUUGUUUGCCACUAUUUAAGGUAAGUGUAAUUUUAAGCUGAUAUCAUGGUGUCUAAAUGAAACAUCAAUUACCACUCCUAUUGUAGUGUGAUUAGAUAAGGCAAUGUACAGUUGUGCUUGAAAGUUUGUGAACCCUUUAGAAUUUUCUAUAUUUCUGCAUAAAUAUGACCUAAAACAUCGUCAGAUUUUCGCUCAAGUCCUAAAAGUAGAUAAAGAAAUAGCAGUUAAACAAAUGAGACAAAAAUAUUAUACUUGGUCAUUUAUUUAUUAAGGAAAAUGAUCGAAUAUUACAUAUUUGAGAGUGGCAAUAGUAUGUGAACCUUUGCUUUCAGUAUCUGGUGUGACCCCCCUUUGCAGCAAUAACUGCAACUAAACGUUUCCGGUAACUGUUGAUCAGUCCUGCACAUCGGCUUGGAGGAAUUUGAGCCCAUUCCUCCCCAUACAGAACAGCUUUAACUCUGGGAUGUUGGUGGGUUUCCUCACAUUAACUGCUCGCUUCAGGUCCUUCCACAACAUUUUGAUUGGAUUAAGGUCAGGACUUUGAUUUGGCCGUUCCAAAACAUUAACUUUAUUCUUCUUUAACCAUUCUUUGGUAGAACGACUUGUGUGCUUAGGGCCGUUGUCUUGCUGCAUGACCCACCUUCUCUUGAGAUUCAGUUCAUGGACAGAUGUCCUGACAUUUUUCUUUAGAAUUCUCUGAUAUAAUUCAGAAUUAAUUGUUCCAUCAAUGAAGGCAAGCCGUCCUGGCCCAGAUGCAGCAAAACAGGCCCAAACCAUGAUACUACCAUCACCAUGUUUCACAGAUGGGAUAAGGUUCUUAUGCUGGAAUGCAGUUUUCCUUUCUCCAAACAUAACAGUUUUCAUUUAAACCAAAAAGUUCUAUUUUGGUCUCAUCCGUCCACAAAACAUUUUUCCAAUAGCCUUCUGGUUUGUCCCGUGAUCUUUAGCAAACUGCAGACGAUUAGCAAUGUUUUUUUUGGAGAGUAGUGGCUUUCUCCUUGCAACCCUGCCAUGCACACCAUUGUUGUUCAGUGUUCUCCUGAUGGUGGACUCAUGAACAUGGACAUUAGCCAAUGUGAGAGAGGCCUUCAUUUGCAUAGAAGUUACCCUGGGGUCCUUUGUGACCUCGCCGACUAUUACACGCCCUGCUCUUGGAGUGAUCUUUGUUGGUCAACCACUCCUAGGGAGGGUAACAAUGGCCUUGAAUUUCCUCCAUUUGUACACAAUCUGUCUGACUGUGGAUUGGUGGAGUCCAAACUCUUUAGAGAUGGUUUUGUAACCUUUUCCAGCCUGAUGAGCAUCAACAACUCUUUUUCUGAGGUCCUCAGAAAUCUCCUUUGUUCAUGCCAUGAUACACUUCCACAAACAUGUGUUGUGAAGAGCACACUUUGAUAGAUCCCUGUUCUUUAAAUAACACAAGGUGCCCACUCACACCUGAUUGUCAUCCCAUUGAUUGAAAACACCUGACUCGAAUUUCACCUUCAAACUAACUGCUAAUCCUUGAGGUUCACAUACUUUUGCCACUCACAAAUAUGUAAUAUUCGAUCAUUUUCCUUAAUAAAUAAAUGACCAAGUAUAAUAUUUUUGUCUCAUUUGUUUAACUGGUUUCUCUUUAUCUACUUUUAGUACUUGAGUGAAAAUCUGAUUAUGUUUUAGGUCAUAUUUAUGCAGAAAUAUAGAAAAUUCUAAAGGGUUCACAAACUUUCAAGCACAACUGUAAGUGAUGCCAAUUUACAAUUGGCAAUACAAACUGUUUGUAAUUUGUAUGUAAACCUAUCAUGUUUAUGACAGGAGUGUAUGUCAUACAACAGAAGCAUAUGUAUAGUCAGUCAUGUUCAUAAGGCAAUGUGCAUGUACAGUAUAAUGGGUCUGUGCGAUGUGACAAAUGCAUCCCAACAUGCAAUGUAACCAUAUUACAAACAGUAACAGUUGCCUGCAAAAAAAGAGCAAAACCAAUUACAGGUAUGCAGAGAUUUAAAAUGUUGAAGUGCAAGCAUCACCUACAAAUAUAAAAAUGGUGGCAACCAACUGAAACUGCAUUACACACAAUAGUGUAGCAACAGGAAAUCAAUGAAGUCUAUACCUAAAAAGACAUUUUCAUAUUUAAAAUAUGUGGCAAAAUAAAAAGACUAGUAUGUACAAGAAUAGCAUGUGCAUACAUGUGUAGAGUGUCUUUGUGUGGCCCACUGGAAUACUGGAAUAACCCUGUCACAUCCCAUAGGUGUAAUGAUGACAGUACGUUUAUUUGUAAUGACAUAGCACUUGCUAAUUUGCCAGCUAUCCUUUACAUCACCCUCUUGUAAUCAGUGUCAAUGGCCCUGUUAUGCCCAAUGUACUUUAUAAAGCUGGUGUGGUACCUGUCUAGUAGGCAUCAACAUUCAGAAUAGACUAUGCUGCUUUCCAUUACAGCUCACCAGCUUUGAGUGAAGCUGUUUCUGCAGGUAUAUACUGUAAACAGUCAUUCAGUGAUACUGUUGUCAGUCAUACUGUAUGCGGCUGAAGUAAGUGUGCAACCUACAACCCAAAAAUGUCAUCCAUCUUUCUUAACUGGGCUCUUGUCACCUGUGCCAUAGGAGAACCAAUUAUUGUGUGACAUUAGCUGGUUUAUGUCAGUCAGUUCUAUAAGAUUGGUUCACCUAAUAGAAAGCUGUCAUAUCCAGAAUGUGUCAGUAGUGUCAAGUCGGACUGUUAUGACUGAACUAUCUACACAUCUUUGUGAUCAUACAUAUAACCCUCCUUUGAAGCAUAGGUGUCAUUUUACAAAGAUGUAGUAUAACUGCUUUGCUUAAAUAACACACUCUUGAUCCAUUCCCUAUUUUUAAUGAACUUAUCUCAGUUAUUCUAUGGAGUCUAUUCUUUUCCACCUUAUUGCAUUGGCUCACUCCUAUACAAAGCAAAAUCGGCUAUUUUCAUGACUGUUGCCUAAUUUAAAAAGGGAAAUGUUUUACAGACAGAACCCAGAAUCAGAUUUUGAGACAAAUAUCGAGUCAUGUAGCAAAUACCCUGAGGGCUUAUACAAACAGGCUGAAUAAGACUUUCUGGACAGCUCAGGCAUGAGUUAGCCGAACAAGCUUUAUGAACAAAAUUUCUUCUCCCAUUUGUAAAAGUACAUAUGUUUGUAGGUUCUUGGUGGCAUUCUGGUGCAGUGGUUAGUGCUGCUGCUUCACAGCUACAGAAUUAUUGCCCCAAAUCCCUUAACAGGGGUACAAUGAAGACAUGCAAUUCCACCCAACACAACACAUCAAUUCCCAUUCACCUAACCCUGACAUCAGUUUUUGUUUUAAAGGUCCCUAAAUUAGUGCUGUCUGCCAAACAACUUGGUUACUCCAUGUAUCUACUUGGUUCUCUGUAUGACAAAAGCUUUUUUAAAUGUUUGUGUGAAAUAUUCCCUUAGUCCAUCUUGGUCCCUCUAUUCUUGUGGAAGAAGUCAAGUAACCGCUGGGUCCCACUGUACUAGUUCUCUUCAUAAACACUGGCUACUCGUGACACUUAAAUGAAUAGGAGGGAAAGGAAAUGGAAGGAUGAAUUAUGUUGUUAAAAGUACCCAAGUGAAUUUCUCUUUCUGUUUUCAAAAAUUUAAAUAAUAUCUUAAUAGCUAUGGAAUCAUUUUCCUGAAAUUAAUUAUUUUGCUAUUUAUAUUUUCAAAGUGAUCACUUGAUUAUAAGGAUGCCAUUGCAAUGACAUUUUUAGGAUAUACUUUAUCUUAUUUUGGACAACACAGUGCAAAACAGCUAAUAUUACGACAUACUAAGUUGUAUUUAUGGUUGAAACCUUUGAUUUAUAAACAGGUUGGAAUAAAAUUAAGUAGUCCCAGUGGCCACCAAAAACUGAGUUUGAGAACCACUGAAAAGGUUUUUUUUUGGCAAAAAACCCAUUAUACAUUGCAAAUGUGUUUUUUUUUUAAUUAUUUACAAAAUAAUCAUGGGAUGGAAAAUUCAUUUUAGCAGGUGAAAAUGUCAUUCUUUAAUCCCUUUAAAUUCCACUGAACUAAUGUAUUUUAAAAUCUAUUAUGUAUUUCACUUGAUUUUGACAUUUGUCAUAUAGUUUAUUGUUAGUCAUUAUUUGGUUUCUUUGGGAAAAUUAGAAUUAAAAACCAGCAUUAUUUUCUUAGAUUUUGUCACUGACAUUUCUGUGGUAUGUAUUAGUAAAGCUCUUUCCAUGGUGUGUAAUUCUUUAGGUUGUAAGACAUGGCAAAACAUUGUUCAUUCUGAUAAGAUUACUUCUACAAAAACAAUCGAUAUGCAUUUAUUUAGUUAGUCUAUUUGUAACACACUUAACACUAUUGUGGAUUUAAUAAUUUUUUCACCAUUCACCUUCAAAGCCUAAUAAAGUAACUCUCCACUAACAACUGUAUUUUAUAU